GCAGUUUAAGAAUCGGGUCCAAACGCCUCUUAAUCGACUCUUUCCUUCCGUACAAACCAAACAAAAUCCCCCCCUCAUCUUAUCCUUGAUGCGACAGAGCGACUCUACUGCAAUUACAAUAUCAAAGCAAUUUGUCGUCCGAUGAAGAUGUGCGGCGGAACACUUCCCGGCCUUUUACCCGCCGCCAUCAUUCCCAGCACUCCUUUUUGCCGCUUCAAAACUGAAUUCAGAUGCUACGCUACCGAUCAUGUAUCUUUCAUCAAAGAUGUAGCGGCAACUCAACCUCCAAACAAUUUGAAUGGUCUGCUGAAGAUGCUUCAAAUGCGAGGCGAGCAGUUAGUUUCUCCUGGUAGUAAGAAAGGAUUGCUUCCUCUAGUUAUUCCUCUAUCCAAACAGAGCUCAGGUGCUGUAACAGCAUUACUGCGAUGGCCUACUGCUCCACCUGGGAUGGAGAUGCCAGUGGUGGAGGUUUCGAAGUAUGGGGUUUGGCUUUUAGCUAAGAAUGUAGAUCAAUAUAUCCACAGAAUCUUGGUGGAAGAAGAUGCAAGUUCUCAUGAUAACAGUGAUGCCUUUUUUCACGCUUCUGCUGGUGCCGGAGAGAAACUUUAUCAAAGGGGUGAUUUCGCUGCAUCUCAAAUUCCAAGCAUAGAUAUCUACCUUUGGAAGAAGGUUGGGUUAUUUCCGGAUGUAAUAGAGCGCAAAAUUAAGGAGCAUUUUGAUAAGGAGGAUAAUAUUUCAGCUCUGGUGACUGGUGAGUUCUAUACAAGGAAAGAGCAUUUUCCUGGGUUCGGCAGGCCUUUUGUUUUUAAUGCAGAGAUUUUGUUAAAGGUUGGCCGUGGUGUGGAAGCAAAAGACGCUGCUAGGGGUGCUUUAAAAUUACCAUGGUGGACUUUGGGGUGUGAAUAUGAGAAAGUGGCAAAUAUGGCUGAAUGGGAAGAUGAACAAAUUGAAUAUAUCAAAGAGAGAGUGACUGAAGAGGGUAGAGAGCAAGAUCUGAAGAAAGGAAAAGAUGCUGCUCAGAUUGCACUGGAUGAAGCUGCAUUCGUGCUGGAUUUAGCUUCUGUGGACGGGAAUUGGGAUGAUUGGCUCGAGCAGAUUGCUAAAUGUUACAAGGAGGCUGGGCUUCAUGAAAUUGCCAAUUUUGUAGUUUACCGGGAAUGAAUUGCUAAUUUUGUAGUAGUAAUUUACAGGAACAGUGUCAUCGUUAUGCGGAAAACAACCUGCUUAUUAUCUUAUUGUUUCGGUAACGUAUCCUCCACUUUUAUUUUAAUUCAAAUUGAUAACGUAUCCUCCGCUUGUAUUUUAAUUCCAAUUGUUUCACUUAUUUUAACUUGGUUUGGCCCCAUUUUUUAUGGGACAUUGCUA